AUGCUGAACCUCAAUAUCUUCCGGCUACUGGCCGAUCUCUCCCAUAUCUCCUCCAAAUGUGUCUUGAUAUGGGCUAUCCAUCGAAAUAAGAGUGCAGAAGGAGUCUCCCUUCUGACGCAGAUGCUCUAUGCUUUGGUGUUCGUGACUCGUUAUCUCGACCUUUUCUCGAAGGCAGGAUGGAGGCACUUCUAUCUCGUAUUCUUCAAGCUAUUCUAUAUAAUCUCCUCGUUCUACGUCAUAUACCUGAUGAUGAGAGUAUUUCCCCGGACACGGGAAAGGGAGCGAGCCUGGAAGAUGGCUAUAAUCUCGGUCGCCCUAUCUCUGGUUCUGGCACCCAUAUCCAUUGUCAUCUUUUAUCGUGGUUAUCCCGAUAGAUGGUUCACAGAGACUUGCUGGACCUUCUCGAUCAUCUUAGAGUCCGUCUGUGUUCUCCCUCAAUUGUUGCUCCUGCGCCAAACGACCGUUCCAACAGUCAUCGAUUCAUACUACCUGCUUAUGCUGGGCUCCUACCGCGCCUUCUAUAUUCUCAAUUGGCUUGUACGGGGACUGGGCUCUGAGGGUCACUGGGACGUGAUUGCAGACCUCUACGGUGUCAUCCAGACGGCUUUCUACGUUGAUUUUGCCUGGGUUUACUAUACCCGCCAACGUGUGAAGCUCCGAAAUGGCGGAGUUGUUGACUCGGAAGAUUUCCGCCACAGCUGGCUAGUGAGCAAGAUCCUGAACUUCCGGCAGCGGAGGAGUGCAGAUGAGGAGCAAAAUCUAAAUGAGGAGGACGUGGAGGACGAGGAGGUCGCUGGUGGCGGUAGACCAAGGAACAACCGCUGGGGAGCAAGAGGGAUCUCCGUCUCGGCCGACGAUACGCUGGGAAACCAUCGUGGGACAGGCCAAGAUGAGAGUCUAGAAGGAUUCUUAGAAGAUGAAGAAGACGACGAUGACAAUAAUGGGUACCCUGUUAACGGGGGCGCUCAUCCGAAGCAGUCAACCGGGGUAACGGGCAGUCACGAAUGA